AUGCUUGAUAGCGCACAGAAGAUGAGAGAUGCUCACUUGGGAAAUCCAAUGGCACGCUCACUCGCUGAAUCUCAAAUCAGGGAGGCCCAGAGGAAUGUCAACUUUUUUGAGUCCACACUCAGGGAUCUCGUUGAACGUCGCAAGCGAGUUUUGGACGGUGAGCGAGAGCUACCACAGCUCCCUGGUAACAAUGCAGGCGUCGAAACAGACACCCCAAAUCCCAAGCAUCCCUCCAUCCACCGUGACAGCUCCAAGCGUGGGCCCAAAUCUCAGAUAUCAAACUUUGAACUCACCAAGGAGGACUGCCCGUACACUCCCGCUAAGCUCAGCCUUAUGCUCCAUCAGCUCGAUUACAAGCUGGCUCGCGAACAACACUACAAGAAAGGUAUCGAGAAAAUGGCCCUGCUUUAUUCCGCUGAGGGUGACAAACGCUCUCGUAUUGAGACCCAGCUUAAGAAAGUAGAGUCUGACGCUAAAAUGUCCAUCCUCCGCCAAGCUCUUCGUCGCUAUCAGAAUCUAUACGUUGCUCCCACCACGGAAGAAUCCGGUGAGCCUGCCAAAGUCGAUGGUCUGCGUAAGCCGCUCUCUGGUACUCUCAAAAUUCAAAUCAAGAGCGCGAGAGACCUAAAUCACAAACUUGUCUCCAAUCAGUCUCACCGCUCUCACCGCCAACCUCCACUUGAGACUCUGAUUCUCAUCAAGGUCGGUGAGGAUACCCCUCCAGUCAAAACUAGAGCUUCUAGAUCCACCGGUCACAACGUUUGGAAUGAGUCUUUUGAAGUCCCCGUCGAUAAGAUUAACGAGGUGGAAAUCGCAAUCCAUGAACGUCAAGCUGGCGCCAGUGAUUCAGGUGUACCUAUUGGUCUCAUGUGGAUCAAGGUCAGUGAUCUCGUCGAAGAACUUCGUAGAAAAAAGGCAGACGUUGAGGCGAGUGCUCUGCUUGAACGUAUGAAUCAGCAAGGUAGUCUCGACAGACCUGGCCAACCUCCGCAAAAACUCUCUGCUGUUGAUGGCCCUAACGAUCUAUCUCCAAAUACCAACCUCAGCGUGAACCAGUCCAUCUCGAAAGCCGCCUCUCCUAGACUUGACGACGAGGGCGUAGAAGGUUGGUUCUCUGUCCAGCCAGCUGGUGCUGUAGCUCUUAAACUCAACUUUGUCAAACAAAAUGUAAGCAAACGUCCUGCAGAUAACAACGGUCUCGGCAGACAAGGUGCUUUGCGUAAGCGUAAAGGUCAAGUACAUGAGAUGAACGGCCACGCCUUCGUACAAAAGCAGUUCAUUACAAAUGUCAUCAAGUGCGCUUACUGUGAUGAUUUCGUACUUGAUGGAAGGGUAUACAGAUGUGAAGACUGCAGAUAUACCUGUCACCGUGGUUGCUACGAGAAGGUUGUCACCAAGUGUGUAUCUAAGCAAGAUACAGGUGAAAAAGAUGAAGAUAAGGUGAAACAUAGAAUUCCGCACAGAUUAGCUCCUAUCAGUUCCCUCUCGCCCAACUGGUGCUGUCACUGCGGAGAGAUCAUCAACCCACUCUCGAAGAAAGCCAGGAAAUGCUCAGAUUGUCCUGUUACAUGUCAUGCUGAAUGUGCACACCUUCUUCCUGACUUUUGUGGUAUGAGUAUGGUUACUGCAAACAGCCUUUUGCGUCAGAUGCAGGCCAUCGGCGCAGCCAAGAAGCAGCCAUCCAAACCAAAGAAGCCGCUUCCAAGCAAGAAGGCCUCUGACGAGACAUUGGCAGGUGAGCGUGAGCGUAAUGAAAAGACGACAGAGGAGAUUGAGAAAGGUGCCCAAAAGAUGGAUUUAGCAUCGCCUAAAGAACCUGCACCGGCACCUAAGGAACAAGUCAAACCACAGAGAGUAGAAGUGCCACGUCCAUACCCACCACCAUCCCAGCAACCUCAGGCACAGGUGCCUUCUCCAACACCCUACAGCAGACAGCGUCCCGAUCAGCCUUACAGAGCACCACCUCCACAGUUUCAGCAGAAACAGCAGUAUCAGCAACAGCAGGUCCAGCCUAAACCUGCACAGCAGGUCAGUGCAAGCGUAUCUACAGCCGUGCAACGCAAGGUAGGGCUCGAUAACUUUAACUUUAUUGCUGUUAUCGGUAAGGGUAACUUCGGUAAGGUUAUGUUAGCAGAGGAAAAGCGCAGCAGCUCGCUAUUCGCAAUCAAGGUGCUCAAGAAGGAGUUCAUAAUCGAGAACGAUGAAGUGGAAUCGACGAGAUCUGAGAAGAGGGUAUUCUUGUCUGCUGCUAAGCAAAGGCACCCAUUCUUGCUCGGAUUGCAUUCAUGUUUCCAGACGGAGACGCGCAUUUAUUUCGUUAUGGAGUAUGUUUCGGGUGGUGACCUCAUGCUGCACAUCCAAAGACAACAGUUCACACCACGCCAAGCUAAAUUUUAUGCCUCCGAAGUUUUACUCGCACUUGAGUACUUCCAUCAGGAGGGAAUCAUCUACAGAGAUCUGAAGCUCGACAAUAUCCUUCUCACACUCGAUGGUCAUGUCAAGGUAGCUGACUAUGGUCUGUGUAAAGAAAACAUGGGUAACGGUAACACUACAUCGACAUUCUGUGGUACGCCUGAAUUCAUGGCACCUGAAAUUCUCCUCGAGCAGAGAUACACGUGUGCAGUCGAUUGGUGGGCAUUCGGUGUGCUCAUAUAUGAGAUGCUACUUGGACAAUCGCCUUUCAGAGGUGAUGACGAAGAUGAGAUCUUCGACGCUAUUCUCGAAGACGAGCCACUUUAUCCUAUCCAUAUGCCUAGAGAUUCCGUCAGCAUGUUGCAAAGACUACUCACUAGAGACCCUACUAAGAGACUUGGUGCGGGUGAUGCUGAUGCUGAAGAUAUCAAGGCGCAUGCAUACUUCCGUGAUGUCAAUUUCGAUGACGUCUUUCACAGACGCAUCCCACCUCCUUUCAGACCUUCUAUCGGAUCCGCAACCGAUAUCUCUAACUUUGACACAGAGUUCACACGCGAACAACCCACCCUCACACCCGUUCAGGGUCAACUCACCGAAGCUGACCAGGCUGAGUUUGCUGGUUUCUCGUGGAUCGCUCCUUGGGCUGAGUAA